UCCGCGGGUCGCCCCGGGUCGUUGUUGUGCGGAUGUCACGAUACCACCACUACGUAGUUGAGCGGAUCACUGGCACCCUUUCAGCCCAUGGCGGGGUGUUUAUCCUUCUAAUCAAAUUUUUGACAUGUCAUUAGUGAGUUGUAUGCCGCUCUCCGCAUCACUGCCUCUUUAUUUAUAUGAUUAGUCCAAUCAUGCGAGAGAGAGAUCUCCAAAGGAAAGUAUCUCACAGAAGUUGAGACCGGGGAUUGGCAAAACAAAGGCGGACAUGAGGCAGGUCUGCGCGUGUUACUCACGUCACGGAGGAGACAUUUUCGUACAACAUGUGUGUCAUCUCUGAGGUAAUCCCGCUCCAACGCGCCGGGGGAAAGCAGCCGGGCCGGGCCGGGCUCUAGGGCUGCGUCAACGGACUGUUACAAACUGCUUUGUGAAGGAGGAUUCACAGAACUUCAAUGUGACUUCGGGAUUGGGGAUGUUGGUCACACUACCGGGCUUUUCUUUUCGCGACUGUCACGGCAUUUUACACGACAUUGCCUUUGUCCGGCAGGCGAUCUGAGCUUUUGUUUGUAACGCGCGCGGACAAGACUUUGUGCAUAUCCCGUCAGACACGUCCGAGACACCCACUAUGCAGGGAUCCUGGUGGACAACCCUUCUCCUCCUCAGCCUGCUGUUGUCGGCCGUGCUUCCCGCGGACGGGCUGUGGUGGCUGGUGCCGUGGGCCCUGCAGCUCAAUAUGACGUAUACCGCUAGACCUACCAACAUCUCCGCUCCCUUCUCGUCUCCCAGGCUGAUAGGCAACCCCGGCGCCCGGGGUGGCUCCAACGCCAUCAGGUGGUCUACAGGGGAGGCCCGGCGGUACUGCGGGGCGGUGCCGUGGCCAGUCAGGAGGCAGCGGAUCAUGUGUGAGAAGUUCCCGCGUGCGACGACCAAGGUACGGGAAGGAGCGAACCUCGGCAUCCAGGAAUGUCAGCACCAGUUCAAACAUCGGCUCUGGAAUUGCUCCACAUCAGACGUCAGCGUUUUACAGAGACUUCUCUCAAUACGAAGCAGGGAAACAGCCUUCCUGCACGCCAUCGUGUCUGCGGGCGUGGCGUACGGCGUGGCCCGGGCCUGCAGCACCGGGGAGCUGCAGGAGUGCAGCUGCAGCAAGGCCAAGAACAAACCGCCUCCGGGCGCCGAGUCGGGCGGCGGGGAGUGGGAGUGGGGAGGGUGUUCUCACAACAUCAGAUACGGGGACACCAUGUCCAAGGAGUUUAUGGACGCUAAUGAAGUGGCCGCAGACGAUACUGGACUAAUGAACCUACACAACAAUGAAGCAGGGAGAAAGGCAAUCAAGACCCACAUGAAGGUCACUUGCAAGUGUCACGGCGUGUCCGGCUCCUGCGCCACCAUGGUCUGCUGGGAGUCCAUGCCGAGUUUUCGGAAAGUCGGAGACAUUAUCAUGGCAAAGUACCACGGAGCUACGUACGUCAAGAUCAACAAAAAGGGAUCCAGAUUACGCCAGAGAAACAAAAGACACAAACGUCCAACAGCAGAGGACGUGGUGUAUCUGGAUGAUUCUCCUGACUACUGCCAAGCCGACCUAGCGAAGGGGUCGUACGGAACGCAGGGGCGGAGGUGUAAUAGAACAAGUGCGGGGGUAGACGGCUGCCAGUUGCUGUGUUGUAACAGAGACUUCGUGUCAAGAGAGGAGACCACAGAAGAGAGUUGCAACUGCAAAUUCAAAUGGUGCUGCGAGGUCACGUGUAAGAAAUGCAAGAAGAAAGAGCUGGUCAACUACUGUAAAUAAACUCAAGAAGCCUUCUUGAGUCGAGCGACUUGGAGUUCAACAAGAUUUAAGCAACAGCAUUGCAAAUUGUGGAUGUGAAACAGUUCUGUACAUUAUACACGUCUUUAUACUGAAGGUGUUGAUUGAGUCAAGACCGCAACCACAGUUUAGCGAUAUGUGGGAACCAUACCGAACACACAUCAAAUAUGUAACGAUAUGUAAUGUUUUAAUGAAUGAAGAAUCUGUAAUUAUCCAUGGAAAGUUUUUAACAGAUAGAAAGGCACUUCAAUGUCGUGUAGCAACUGCUAUGCAUGUAAUUAUUCCAAAGAACGGAACUGAGCAUUAAGAAUUAGUAAACGCUGCAAGGUAGCUAGAGAUACGAAAAUACACAUUUUGUGGGAUGGGUGUACAGUUCAGGACUUGGGGCAUGAUUUAGUGGGGAUUCUACAAACCAAGGACUAGAUCGAACCUGUGAUGAUUUGCUUUGUUGAUAGAAUAAAACAAAAACGAGGUAUUGCCUUUCUCUCUCAACAGCAAUGGACUAGAUAUGCACUGAUUCACAAGUUAUAAUUAUUUCAAAUACAUGAUAUGAAAAGACAAAAGGUCUUCAAUAUCAAGAGUUA